GUUUACACCAGGCAACGUAGGCUCUGAGACUGCUAAUUUACCUGAUCAAUCAUUAUCAGUUGACACUGCAUCUACUGUUUCUCGAGGAUUUUAUCAAUGGGACGGAAGUUUCAUCUCUUUUGGACUGCAUUCGUCUGACAGCAGGACCUUUGCAUGCUCUUGAUGCUGCAACACGUCCUGCAUGGGCUGCUCCGGUUUCUGCAGUUUCUGGUGCGGCUUCAUCUAUCCCGACACUAUCAAGAGCAAAUGUUAAUGGGCAAAUGCCAAAUGGUACAAACCCAAAUGUUGGUCAUGUCUAUGGUCCCGGUACGGGUCCUGGUGGAAACCCUGGUGCAUCUGCCAUGUUAACUGCUUCUACUGUGGCUAGCGGAGGUGGCAUGGGAAUCGUUCCUAGUACUCUGUUACCGAUUGAUGUGUCGUUUGUUCUUCGUGGCCCGUAUUGGAUUCGGAUAAUAUACCGGAAAUAUUUUGCGGUUAACAUGAGGUGCUUUGCGGGUGAUCAAGUUUGGUUGCAACCUGCAACGCCACCGAAAGGCGGUCCUACAGUUGGAGGUUCUUUACCCUGUCCACAGUUUCGGCCCUUCAUCAUGGAACAUGUUGCUCAGGAGUUGAACGGUUUAGACCCGAAUUUCGAUGGUGGUCAACCAUCAGCCGGACCAACUAAUUCCAACAAUUCGGCUGCGUCUCCUGGUCCGCAACUCUCAGCCCCAAAUGUCACCCGAGCAGGCCCUACGGUAAUGUCUCUCCCAGGAAACCAACCCGUGGGAUUUAACCGUUCUACAAAUGCCAUGUCAGCAUCACCAAAUUCACUCUUAGUGCGCAGAGCUACUGUGACAGUUCCUGCUCAUGUUAGAGGAGAGCUGAAUACCGCCAUUAUCGGGCUUGGGGACAAUGGUGGUUACGGUGGUGGUUGGUCCAUCUGCUGAUAAUACACUUGACAGUCACAAUACACCUACAAAUACAGAACAUCAAGAGUUGCAAUUCAUUCGAUUUGUGACUAAAGGAACAAUUACGACUUCUACACCUAAUAGCACACCAUAUUGGAUACCCGAUGUUGAUGCUGAAUACAUCCCUAUUAUAAACAGUACGUUUAACAGUUGGGAGUACGUUGAAUCCAAUGAUACUGAUGAAGAUGUUGAUGAUGAUGCUAAAGACCCUGCAUAUAUAUAUGAACCUGAGUAACCUCGUAGACAUUCAUCCAGGCGUCAUAAAACAUUCAACGAUUCUUGAUUAUCCUAUAUAUAAUGACAAAUAGUUUCUAAUCAUUAUUCUUUUUGUUUACAAACAUUUUGCACUGUCUGUAUACGUAUUCAUAUGUUAUGAUUGUGAUCAUGAUACUUUGAUAUCAAUUAAAUUACUUA